UGCAGACAGAGGCUUCACGGUAGAAUUGACAAGUCAUUCUGUCGCCGCCCACUUAUCUUAUUUCUCCCUCGUGUUUUUCUUCCUGGAGUCAAGGCUAGCGUUCAGAUUUCACACUGAUUAGUGAGAGGGGAGAAACCAUGUGGAAGUCACAUGAAUCCCGACGAUGAGGCGUAAACAACUGGGAGGAAACCUGAGGAGCGCUGCACUGCCUCACAAACGCUCCACCACGGUCAGGGACGAGGCUCGCCACUUCUAAAACCAGGGGUGCACCCCCCUUUCCCUCCUCCUCUUCCUCCUCCUUCCCCCUUCCUCCUGCCCCCAUCCUUGGAACGCGCCAUGAACUCUACCACCCAGCCUCCCUCCAUCGCAGACAAAGACGUGGCGGUGGGCUACGUGCUGGUCCCCCUCUUCCUCGUCACCAUCAUCGGGAUCGUGACAGCAGUGGUGCUGUACAUACGGAGGAAGCGAAGGCUUGACCGGCUGCGACACCAGCUGCUUCCAGUUUACACAUAUGACCCCUCAGAAGAAGUGAACGAAGCUGAACAAGAAAUGCUCUGGAGGGAAGAGGACACUAAGGUGGUGCAGAGCUGGGUGAGAAACUACCAGCAAGAUCGCCCUCUGUUGAUGAAAGAAGCUCAAGGAUGAAGAGGACGGGAGGGCAUCCAUCGAAAAAGCAUUUCAGCUGCGCAUUGUGGACGACACACGCUCUGGCGUCCACCAUCAGGGAGGAUCCCAGGUAUCUUCUGAGGGGCAGGGAUGUUGUUGCACUGCGGGCACCUUGCCUGACCACCACCCUGUGUCUUUCUUAACCCCACAACGUUCUUAUCUCAUCUCAUCACCUCUCAUUUUCCCAUUUCAUUUUAAUCGAGUCUCAUCUCAGGACUCAAAUAACCACUGCUGACACGCAUCACUGUAUAUAGUUACAACUUUCUGUUACUGGUACAUUUACUGUGUUGGUUGCAUUUAUUGUAUUUUAUUUGUGUUCUGUUUGUUUUGUCUGUUACAAGUUUAUUUAUGGAAUGUUUUUAUCUCGUGUUAAUGUGUUGCUGACUACUGAAACCUGAGGAAUACCUUUUUAAGCAUAGGUGUGGUUAGGUAGUUCACACUGAAAUGGAUAGCAUAAUUAUUUAAAGACGCACCUUAAUAUAUCCCUCCUCAUGCACGGUGUGUGCGACAGGACUUCUCUACCAAUGCGAGGUGAAGAGUCAGUAGUCAAGUGAAGUGUCCUUCUGAAUGCAAUUAGAUAACAGACAUCCAUCCCCACGUGAGCAUUUCUCCAUGGUAGCUGGCAUUGAAGCCGGAAGUCAUAACUAUUUUUCUGGGACUAUGACAAGAUCUGUGUGGCCUUGAAGGAGACGGAGAGGGGAGGUGACACUGGGUUGGAUCUAGCUCUAAUGUGGCGAGCCCAGGGUACGAUCAGAUUCAGAGCCGGGCCAGGUGUGGUUAAGUGAAGUGGAGAGAAAGGGUCCCGUGGACCACCUGGAGAGAAAGGGUCCCGUGUCCCUGAAGGACCUUUUUUUGUGUGCUUUUUUUUUUGUCCUGCCUUUUUUGGCCCUACUGUCCUUCCAUCCGUCCGUGUCUCUUUUUGACCGUGACCCCGUGUUUGAGUGCCGUGCUUUGCUGUGACUAGCUCUGAAGGAAUGUCCCGCUGAGGGCCAUCUCUUUUAGAGCCUCAUAAGGAUGGAUGCAGCAUCCGCUCUGUGGCAUACCAGUGGGCUGAGUGGGCCCAGCAAUCAGGAAACGUCUUUCUGCGACUGAACCGAGAACAGAACAACACAAUCAUCAUAAUUAAGUGACUCACCUUGUUCAAAAGCAUUCUUCCGCUUUUCUCCCCAAAGUGAACGUGAUUGCUAUGCUUAUUUAUGAAAGGAAAACAUUACUAUACGUGUAGUUCUUUUGGCUGCCUUGGUGGUCAGAUGCUAAAUAGACUUGCACCAAAAAAGACAACCAAGUGUCCGCAUAAGACACGCUAUGAACGUUGCUAAGAGAGCUAAAGCUAUUGAAGCUGUUUAAGGUCACUGCUGAAUUUCUCCCAUACUGGAUAUGUCAGCUGGGUGAACAUGAAGGCUCAUCUCAGCUUUGCACUGCAGUCCCUGUGACAUCCACAGGAGGGCCUGGAUGCACAGGAGCCAUGCAAAAAAAAAAAAAAAAAACAUGCAGCCUUUGAUUGUAACUGGUCUUGCUUUAGAUGUUUUUGUGAUGAAUCUGCUAAUGAAACUGUGUAAGAUGCACCUAACUGUUUACAGAGUUAUGGGUCUAAAGCUCUAGCAAGCAAUAAGGUCAUUUGAGCUAAACUGUAUUUAUGUUCUAAGAUGCAAUAGUUGACUUAAUUUGAGUGCUCUAAAGAAAAGGUAUCUGGUCCUCAAACCAUACACAUUGUUACAUUUGUCUGAAUUACUUUGGCACAUUUUGUUAAACAUAUGUAAUUUUUUUUGAAAACCUUUUUUGUGUAAAGUGAACCUCUUCAUUGGCUUCAAUGUACUAGCAGUUUUUCAGUUUAGGUAAUACCAUUCAACUUUAAUAUUAACAAAUGGCAGAAAUGUUUUUUCUUGCUUUUUCAUACAAUUUUAACAAUGUCAACAAGAAUUGUGCCAAAGUAAUUUCGAGACUGUGAGAUGCAUUGUUGCAAUACAACCUAAUAUGCUCGUCAUGCCAAUGCAAUGAAACUCACAACUGCAACAGAUCAAGCAUGACUGCCCAUAUCCAGAAUAUCUUGAUUCGGUGAAUCCAGGCCCUUUACAGCACAUGACACUUGAAUUUUUAUAUGAGUGGUAAUGUAUGUAAAAAUAAAUAAAAGAUAAAUUGUUUUUAAAAA